CUCUCUCUCUCUCUCUCUCUCUCUCUCUCUCUUCUUCAGCCCCUCUCUCUCUUCCCCAAAUUAAUAAAUUGUCAACCAGAGAAAAAAAACCCUAGAAAAUCCCAAAAACAAACCCCAAAGUCUCAAAACCAUGGUUUGCAUACGCAAGGCCACCAUAGACGACCUUCUCGCUAUGCAAGCUUGCAACUUGUUCUGCCUUCCAGAAAAUUACCAGAUGAAAUACUACCUCUACCACAUCCUCUCAUGGCCGCAACUCCUCUACGUCGCCGAAGACUACAACGGUCGGAUCGUCGGCUACGUCCUGGCCAAGAUGGAAGAAGAAAGCAACGAGUGCCACGGCCACAUAACCUCUCUCGCUGUUCUCCGAACCCACAGGAAAUUAGGGCUUGCAACCAAGCUCAUGAACGCUGCUCAGAGCGCCAUGGAACAGGUGUUUGGAGCUGAGUAUGUUUCACUUCAUGUGAGGAAGAGCAAUAGGGCUGCUUUCAAUUUGUAUACGGAGACUUUGGGGUAUAAGAUUCAUGAUGUGGAAGCUAAGUAUUAUGCCGAUGGUGAAGAUGCGUAUGACAUGAGGAAGGAGUUGAAGGGGAAGAAGACGACUACGCAUGGUCAUGGGCAUGGUCAUCAUCACCAUCAUCAUGGUCAUGGCCAUGGUCAUCACCAUCAUCAUCAUGAGCAUGGUGGUGGGUGUUGCUCCGGUGAGGCUAAAGGGAGUGGGAAAUCCGAGAAGGGGAAUGCCAAAGCAGAGGCCAAAGCAAGCUGAGGAAGACAAUGUGAAAGGGGAGUAUUAGAUAUAAAUGUAUUUUAUGUUUUCUUUUCUUUUCUUUUUUAAAUUGGUAAUUGAAUUUACUCUGCCUUAUUAUUGUAUGUUGGACCGCCUGGGAAAAUAAUGCAUUUCGGGGAUUGAGAAAUUUAGUGGUAAUGGGAAGUUUCUGACUUUGAAUUCUUAUUAUUAGCAUGGUUGUGGGGUAAUGUGUUAUGGUCUAAUUGUAUUUUUGAUUGGGUUAUUUUCCCAAGUUUUAUUAUGUCAUCUCAAUAUUUUUGUUGUCGAAAUGAGAAAGUUCUUUGUGUUUUUGCAA